CGACCCGCCUGCACUACAACCGAGGACGCCAUGGGCUGCGGUCGAUCGAAGGGGUUGUGUCCAAGCUUUGGGCGUCACGGAGAAGGCGAAGAGGAAGCGAGUGCAUCGCAGCAGCCUCCUGCAGGGCAAGAAGGCGAAGGUCUCUCGACUCCACCAGAGUCUCCACAGGCCGAGUUGCAGUCCCCAGAAGUCCAAGAACAAAUGUCCGUAUUGUCAACGCAACGCUUCGAUGAAGUAUACUCGCUGGAGAAAGACUCAAUCCUUGGCGAAGGAGCAUCGGCCAAGGUGUACGUCGCGACCCACCGCCGCACACGGCAACGAGUGGCCGUAAAAGUCUUUGUCAAGGCGCGGAUGCGAGACUCUGAAGUCAAAGAUAUGUUUGAAGAAGUUCAGCUUUUGCAAGACUUAAAGCACGAUCACAUUCUCCAACUCCACGGUUUUUUCCACGAGCCUGCUCACUACUAUAUUGUCACGGACCUCUUGGAAGGCGGCGAGCUCUUUGACCGCAUCAUCGAAAAGGAAUUCUACAGCGAAAAGGAAGCGCGCGACCUCAUCAAGGUCCUCCUCACCGCCAUCCAGUAUAUGCACAGUCUCAACAUCGUGCAUCGCGACCUCAAGCCCGAGAACAUUCUCCUCAAGAGCGUCUCGGACGACACGUCCAUCAAAAUUGCUGAUUUUGGGUUUGCCAAGAAAGAUGUGAAUGGGGAGAUGACUGAAAAGUGCGGGUCUCCGUCGUACGUUGCGCCUGAAAUCCUGGCCCAGCCGAAAUACGGUCGCGCCGUCGACAUUUGGAGCGCAGGUGUCAUCGCGUACAUCUUGCUCUGCGGGUACCCUCCGUUCCAAGGGGCUACAGACGCCGAGCUGUUUGCCAACAUUCAGCACGGCACCUUCGAGUUCGAUUCGCCGCACUGGGACGACGUCAGUGAGUUGGCCAAGGCGUUCGUGUCGAGCAUGCUCGUGAUAAGCCCUGCCAAGCGCGCAACAGCCGACGAACUGCUGCAGCACCCUUGGAUCACAGGCACUGUGUCGACCGUACCAUUGAAGACGGUCGUGCAGGAACUCAAGCGAUUCAACGCCCGUCGAAAGUUCAAGGCUGCCGUCAAAACAGUCCAGGCAACAGCGUCGCUCAUGGGGCGAGCACGAAGUCGUGGAUCGUCUCUAGCAGUGGACAACCGAGUGUAGCCCGAUUUCAAUCGAUACUGUGGCACUUGUAAAAAUAUGGAAUUCCUUGGUCACAA